UCUGAACGUCAGAAGAAUUCAUCAUCUUAUUUCAAUUUACUCUUCUGUCUGUGUGUUCCAAAUUGGAACUUCCAAUUUAAUUGUUGUUAUAAUUAUUGUUAUUGUAGACAAGUUAAAUUAAAAUUGUUUCGCCUGGUGCUACUUUCUUAGCAAUUCGGAAAGUAUGGAUUCGAAAAGAAAGAUUGAUGUUGGGAUAUCUUCGUCUCUGGUAGACCUGAAGGCUGAAUUACUCAAGAAACAUGGCGAACUACAAUCUUCAAGGAAUAAACAAGGUCCCGUCCCCUCGGGUGGGAUUAGAGGUGUCCCCAAAUCCGUUCGAAAGUCUGUCCUUCUCGAAGCAAAAAAUCCUUAUGCCUCCAAAAAUAAAGGGAUCGAACAGCGCUCAAGGAGAGACCUGGAGGAAGUCAAAAAUGAAGAAAGAACAAUUGAGAAAGCGAAGUCCAUCCUAGAGCAGAAAGCAAAGCUUUACGAAAGGAUGACAUCCGAAGCUCUCGAUCACGAUGAACAAGAACAUCCCGUCUUAUCUCGAGCCCUAGUCAAUUUUACGCAAAAAGCAAUCGACAAUAUUAAAGAAGCGAAUGAUAAAGGUCCCCAACAACCACAACGGAUUGAGGACGUCGUGGACGACGACGACGACGACGAGGCUGAUAUCGACAAAGGCUUUGUGGAAGACGAGGAGGAGUGGACAGAAUUUAAAGAUGGUUUUGGACGAACUCGUCGUUGUCUAAAAUCUGACCUGCCUUCGUUUAUGUCACGUGACGACACACUUUCCAGACCAAUAACAAAUCCUGAAAUGACAUCAUCAGUCCCACCCCUUGGAGUAGAUCCAAUGAUUGAAAUUAAGCGACAAAAGUGGGAGAAAGAUCAGGAAGAGGUGACCAGAAAGGAUUCAGUUCAUUAUCAAGACGUACUUUAUGACGAGGUUCGCACUCACGGAGUUGGAUUCUACGGAUUUUCUAAAGAUGAAGCUACACGUGCCGAACAGUUAAAAGAUCUCAAGAAAAUGAGCGAAGAAACUUUAGCCACAAGAGAAAAAGUUUUAAAAUCCAGAUCGGCCAAAGACUCUGCUUUAGAAGAAAGGCUAAAGAAAGUCCGAGCCAAAAAACGUGCCCAGCUAGGUCUUCCUCCAGAAGAAGAAGAAAAGAAAGAAGUACAGGCCGAAUCGUCAAAUAUCGCCGGUGACAAAGAUCAAGAAGAUGGACCAUCAUCCUCCAAAAAAGCAAAUGUAGAAACGGAAGAAGUACCUAAAGAAAAAAUAAUGCGUCCAUGGGAUUUCGGAAAACCUGGAGUAUUCGGACCACAACCAGAGACGUUUGAUGAGCUAGACGCUAAAUGGUUGAAAGAUCGACGAGCUGACCGGCUUAGUGAAUUCGCCCCACCGAAAUCAUACAAUUAAAAUCGUUGAGUUUUGUUUAAAUAUUUUAAAAUUUAGAGUACAAAUACUUUAUUUUUAUAUUUCCAACUUUAGUUUGUAUGCUCUUCCAGAGCCUCGCGUGUUAAAAGAAAACAAAUAAAUUAACAAUUUGAUCACGAUCGAUCACUCGUGAAUAAUUUGUUAAA